AUGACCACCCCUGCUGCCCUGUUCCGGGCGUGGCUGGUUGUGGUGGCUGCCGACGCGAACCAGAGCGCCACUCUAGAGCGGGCUACCGUCUUUGACGCCUUUGCCAGCUAUGCUGCUGCUCAUGGCUACGAUGACUUGCCAGUGGCGGUGGCAGGAAGAGUCAUUCGAGCUGCCUUUCCUCGUGUCGGUACUCGCCGUCUUGGCGCACGGGGCAAGUCCAAGCAUCACUACACAGGCAUCGCCUGGCGCGAUGGCUUCCCCGCAGCAUCCGACCUCCCACCACCCGAUGAUCUUCUCGACAUGUGCCGCAAGACCGCAUCUCAUGCACCAGCUCCUCCAGCUGCUCAUGCUGAUCGGGUGGUGGACACUGGCGGCUCGUCCUGGUUCCCGGAGCUGGUCGCCGCCGCUGCCGAUGUCGAGGCUGGCGAGGCCAGCCUUGUUGACGCCAUCGUGACCGUCCGCACCUCGGGCCAGCUCGGUGGUCUUGCCGCUAUAAUCGAGGCCGAGCUCCGCCGGCGGAACGAGAUGUGGGCGAGUCUUGCGCCGGGAGCUGACGUCGCCGAGGCCAUGCAGGCCGCAGAGGAGCGGGUCCUGGCCAAGCUGCUGAGCGCGCUCAUACCCGACGUGACCGACCCGGAGCUGGCGACGGCGUUGGCCGUCCUUGGCCCGGCUGUCGACGCCAUCACCGCCGCCAUGCGCGCCGCCACUCUACCAGCAAGCGGCUCGUCAUCGUCAGAUCCAGUCGCCGGCUUUGACGCUGCCGCCCGCCGCCAGAUCGCGCUCGUCACCCAGGCUGCUACCGUGGCCACCACCAUCGCCGACGAGCCGCUCAUGGCCCGGCUCGACGCUCUCCUGACGGCCGUCGACUGGGCACAGAUCUCGCAGAUGUGCAUGUGGUGCCUUGCCAUGCCGGAUACCGCCGUCCGGGCUUUUGCCACCGCCACUGUCGACCUCGUUGCGCAGCGCGCCCCGCUUGCGGCCUGGGCCGAGACCACUGCCGAGUUUGUCGGCUCUAUCGGGCCUGUCAACUUUACCGACGCCUCUCGCCGCUUUGUCUCGUCAUGGGUCUUCUUCACCGACUCGGUCAUCCGCGAGGCGUCGCUGCUUCCGGACGCGGCUCGCGAGGCUGAUGCCGUCAACGCACUCGCGGCUCUCCUUCGCCUCGCCACCGAGUACGUCCUGUAUGCCAUCGAGUACCGCAGUGCGAUGGAGGCCCGGUCCGAGUCGCAGAAGCGGCCACGCGGCGUCAGCAGCAACGCCAGCAGCGACAGCGACAGUGAUGACAAGACCGAGGACGACAAAGGCGGAGCUGCUUACAACAGCGUGCCGAACGACAACAGCGAGCCGCUGCCGCCACCAUCGAGCAAGCGUGCUCGCCGCGUCCACCAGAGCAACGGCAGCCAGAGCCGCGAUAGCUAUGGCAGCGACGAUGACCACCAGCAAGAGCGAGCUAAGCGCGCUAGACACCAUUGAUGGCCCACAGACUCAGACUGAGACUUUGCGCGAGUCGCAGUGGCAUAUCAGGUGGGGCGAGCUCGAGCUCGAGGCCACCACCGUUGCGGCCAAACCUGCCACCGCCUCGCUACUGAGACGGAACCGAUCUGGCGCCUCGGCGCUUGGCAUUGUACACUCGGGCCUUGACCUUGGAGUUAACAUGAAGCGCAUCAAUAG